UUCCUCCUCCGGUUGCCGGUCAUCCCGUUUACCCAGCGGCCAGCUCGCGCUCUCUUCGCUCUACCUCUCGUGGCCUUUCUUUCCUAGCGGCGACAGCUGGGCUAGCGGCGCCGCCACCGUACGUCAGGUCUCCGUUGGGUGUUUGAUGGCGAUUAGCACCUGUAAGGUACUCUAGGCCACUUUCUCAUUAAGGUAGUACUGAGUUCCUUGCUUGACCAUGACUUCUGAAGAUGGAGACAUUUUGGCUCUUCUGUCUGAGCCAAGCCUAAAAGAAGAGCAACUUGAGGCUUCUGAAUCUGAUGAUAUAUUUCCUGCUAUUAUGGAAGCCAUUAAAUCAAAUAAGAAUGUAGUUGAACUUUCACCUGAGGAAGCUGCCUGGGCAGAUUCAUGCUUCGUGCAGACUUCUGAACUGUCAGAUGAUGACUGGGGAGCGAUGAGGAAUGCGUUGCUUGAUGCCCUUGAAAGGCCAACAGAAAGUCCCGAUGAUAUUUCAGGAAGUGCACAUAAUGCAAUCUCAGAGGCAAAACUUCACUCCCUCCCUGCUGAAAACAUUUGUGAGCAUGGUGACAUCCACAUGGAGCAAAUAAACAAUUCCGAUGAUGACCAGGAUGGAAUUGAAGCAUGUGAAAUUGCUGAUGUAAUCAGAGGUGCAGAAGAACAUGGUAAGCAAAUGGAUAGUUAUGUAGCAGAGGCAGGUGAUGAGUUGGCUUCAUCUGAAGUUCUUGAGCAGACCCAGUCAACAGGUUCUAUAUUUAGGGUUUGGGACCUGGAGGUACCUUUUUCUGAUGAUGAUGAUGGCGAGCUUGAACUCAUUAAAGAUCUGAAGAAGCUCCUCAAGGAGAAGGACAGCCUUCCAGAGGAUGUAUAUCCAACUCUUCCUCCAGAUGAUGCAGCCAAACCCUUGAGCCAGAUAAGCAUCGAUGAACUUGUGGCAGGCUUGAGCGACUUGUCAAUACAGCGAGCCAAUGAGUGACUAUUGUUUCUCAAAUAGCUGUGUAGCACACCUUGGCCGUCCAGGUGAUAUUGUGUUUUUCUCUCAAGAGUGUGCGAAUCACUUGGGAUUUUAAAAACUUCAGGUUUAGGCUAACUGUUGUGUGCUGUCUGUUCGUUCUGUAUGCGCUGUGUCUAUUUCUGCUUAACUUGAAAUCAGCACAAAAAUGAAGAUGUUUUGGUAGAAUUCACGUUAGUA